AUAUAUUGACAGUGAUAUAUAUUAAAUAUUAACGACAGCUUGGCACUGAUAGGUGUAUCGGGUUGGGUAAAUUCCAGUCAACUGAAACGCUACAGCACUUGUAAACACGAUGACUGUUUCCAUGGUUUAGAGUUGCCAGCCGGCUAGCUCCCUUUGCCAGAAGAUUGCUCCGUUAGACCCGAAGACAUGCUUGAAUCAAUAAAAGUAACCGAAAGGCUGCGUUGGCCUGAGCUGGAGAUGUCUAAGAAAUACCUCCUGAGUCCCUCAGAAAAGCCAGGCAGCCCGAAUCAUAUGUGCCUGGAGAAAAUGUCCUCCGGGGUGCUGAAGAACCUGUUCACCACCGGUACCAGUAGCUACAACGUCUUUCUGCAAGCUGAGGAGGAGGAGAGGCGCAGCCCCAAGCACUCACCCCUCCGCAGGGCAGGGGCGGCCCAGCACACCCCCGUCACCCUCCCCCUGUGUGCUGGUCGGGGGGAUUAUGGGGACAAGAAGCAGACCCGUAUCUUCAUCACAGCAUCCCUUUCCGCUGUCCCCCUGCCCACCCCAGCGAUCACUGUGAUGGGAAACACGGUGAAUCUGUCUCCUAGGCCCUACAUCUUCUCUAGGAGGAUUUUCCCCUCCGACAGUCCGCACACGAAGUUCCCCCUGCUGGCCAAAGGGAGCGGAGCGCGUGGCGGAGAGAACGCCCUUAAGAAGAUCUGCAUCCUAACCGCCGUCAAACCGUCCAAUUUGGACAAGGAGAAGGCCAAGUUCUUCAAGUCCAACUUCACGUACAACCCACAGUUUGAGUACAACAAUCCUGUCUCUCCUGUCAUCCUGGGACGCUAUAGCAACGCCUCAGACAGGUUUCUGACUCAGGCAGUGAGGAUCAUGGAGCUGGCCUUGGACAAGUAUGGCAACUAUGAGAAGUUCCAGCAGGCCACCGGGGGCAGCCUGCUGUCCAAGGGCCGCAUCUGGAACCGUGUGAAGAAGUACAUGGAGAAAGAGGGCUGUAUGGGAGAGAUUGUGGUCCAUCUCUCAGAGGACCUCCUUUCCAGAGCAUCCAUGACAGUGGUGAACAGUCGGCCCACGCUGACCAUCAACAUGUCCACGGCGCGGGAGCACUGGUUAGAAGGCAUGCUGCGUCACGAGAUCGGUACGCACUACUACCGAGGCCUGAACAACAGCCGGCAGCCGUGGAGUAGCGGCGCAGCCCGCAGGAGGCACUCUUUGCGGCCGCUGAACCCCACCGAGGAAGGUCUGGCCAGCAUCCACAGCGUGCUGUUCCGCCGCGACCCCACGCUGUGGCGCGCAGCCCUGCUCUACUACACCGUGUACCAGGCCAGCCGGCUUCCCUUCGCCCAGCUGUUCCACAGCCUUGGCCGCUUCGUGCAGGAACCCGGCACACGCUGGGACUACUGCGUACGCGCCAAGAGGGGUCAGACAGACACCUCCCAGCCAGGCUGUUUCAGCAAGGACCAGGUCUACCUCGACGGCAUUCUGAAGAUCCUCAGAUACAGAGAGAAGAUCGACUUUCCCCUCCUGAUGGCCCUAGGCAAGGUGUCCUUCGAGGAUGUGGACCGGCUGAAAGGCCUGGCAGAUAUGGACCACGUACGCAUCCCCCACUUCCUGCAGGACCAGGCUCGCUACCUGGGGCAGCUGGAGAAGAUCAUGGAGGUCAACCGGUUGACGGAUGCGGAGCUACGUGCCCUCAUCUGAGCAUGCUCGGGGCAGCCCGGGGAGCACGUGGGUGUGCCGUCGCAUAGCAUCAUGCGACAUCCAUCCCCUGCGUCUCAGUUUCGUGUAUGGUGACCACCUGCUAUGUCCAAGUGGCUUGGUAUCUCUCUCGCACGGUACCUUCACUUUGAAAAUCAGAUGCACUUCAGGCCCCUGGAUUCCCCAUCUAAAAAUGCCUCCUCCUGAUAUUGAUGGCUAUGUACGUUGCACUGCUGCACCAGAGGGGGGCACUGUACUGGAAAAGACCACAUGACUUUUUAUCAUCAGAUGAGUGAGAGGAGCCUUGGUGCCCCACAGCUGAGAUUUCGCAGAAUGGAAUCAGGUUGCUGUAGCCUCAGGAGGGGGAGCCCCCGCAGUGGUCAGACCUCUGCAGAUGCAAUGCCGGCACUGUUUAUAUGUAAACAUGACCUUUGACCUUUUGUACCGUACCAUUUACCUGAUGCUUUCUUUAAUAGCGGCAGUGACUUUUUAACCAUCUAAAGGCUGUUUGUAAUGCGCAGUGUCACAGAUCAGUGGUGGUGGUUUGUGGCUGUCGGACAACUGGUCAAUGAUUAUGUGCCGUCGUGUUUCAGGACUCACACAACUUCUGUCACAAAUGCCAAGUCUCAACAAUUUGUAAUAUUUAUAUGUCUUUAUUCACACCCUAUGUGUUAAUAAGAUCCCAUUUCCCCCCAUGGCGUUUAAAAAGCAAAUAAAGUAACUAAGGCCCUGUCAUCAAA